AUGCGAUCCGCGUCCGCGCGCGUCGCGCGAUCCGCGACGCGCGGCGCGCGGUGUCGACGCCGACGCGCGCGCGUCGCGCGAUCGACGCGCGCCGCGAGGCCGACGGCGCCGUCGAUCGCGUUCGUCGGGUGGGAGUGGAUCGAACCGUCGUCCUCGGCGGCGGGCGCGCGGUCCGUCGCGCUCGUCGCGGAGGCGCUGCGGCGAGGGUGGCGCGUGACGUGCGUCGCCAGCGCGGAGGCGCGCGCGGGGCAGGAGGACGCGCUCCGCGCGAUGGGCGCCGAGACGCGCCGGAUGAAGGCGAAUCGAGGGGAUGAAUUGCGCGCGCUCGUCGAGGCGGCGAGACCGGAUUGCGUCGUGUUCGAUAGGUUCCUCGCGGAGGAGGCGUACGCGGGGAGGCUGCGGGAGAUCGCGCCGAGCGUGGUGCGAGUGCUCGACAUGCAGGACGCGCACGCGCUGCGAAGGGCGAGGGAACGCGCGGCGAAGGCGGCGAAGACGCGCGGCGAAGACGCGGCGAAGGAGGUUUUGAAGAGCGCGCCGAACGCGAGGGACGAGGAUUUGAUGCGCGAGAUCGCGAGCGUGCAGAGGAGCGAUUUAACUCUGGUGUGCUCGCCCGUGGAAAAGGAGUGGUUGACGCGCGAGUGCGGCGUGGCGGAGAGGAAAUUACGCUUGGCGUCCUUCUUCGUCGAUUCCGUCGACGCCGAGGCGAUGAAGAGGGAUUUUAGCGCGCGGAAGGAUUUCGCCACCAUCGGUACGUUCAUGCAUAAACCAAACGUAGAUUCUGUAGAGUGGUUGUGCGAAGAGGUGUGGCCGUUGGUGCGCAAACAGCUCCCCAACGCGACGAUGCGCGUGUACGGAUCUUACGCCACCGAAAACCAUCGUCGACGAUUUCACAAACCAGCGCAAGGAUUCUUGUUCGAAGGUUUCGCGGAGGACUUGGGCGAGACGUUGCGCGCGCAUCGCGUGUUGCUCGCCCCGCUUCGGUUCGGCGCCGGUAUCAAAGGCAAGAUUCUCGACGCGUGGCGAUACGGAUUACCCGCGUGCACGACGCCCAUCGGCUCCGAGGGAUGCGUGCCGGACGUCGUCGAGUUUUGGUCGCCCACUUCGAGCGCGCCGAUAGACCCCGAGCACGGGUGGGGCGGGUUUGGCGAUUUCACAAACCCGCAAGAUAUCGCCGACGCCGCCGUUCGUCUUCACGAAGACGAAAAUUUGUGGCGUCUCGCUCGCGGAAACGGCGCCGACCUCCUCGAUCGCCUCUUCUCCGCCCGCGUCAACUUACCCGACGUCUUCGACGCCAUCGAGCGCGUCAUCGACGAUGUCGAUGCCGUUCGAGACGCGGAUUAUUUCGGCCAGUGCUUAUGGCGAGAAGACGUGCGUUCGACGACGUACUUUUCCAAAUGGAUCGAAGCGAAAGAAACCGGCGCGACGAAUUAG